AGUCGUAUUUUAUUUUGAAAGUCGUCCAUUCCGGAAGUGUGGUUGCUUUUCUGCGGUGUAGUUAAUGACCGCGCGGUGAUAUUGUGGUAAGUUCCUUCUCGGGUGAUUGACAUGUUGCCAGUCGUGGUGGUACAUGGAGGGGCAGGUCAUAUCCCAAAGGAGCGGUCAGAAAAGUCCACUUCAGGGGUGUGCUCAGCAGCCCGAGCAGGGUACACCAUCCUCCAGGGAGGGGGCAGCAGUAUGGAUGCAGUGGUAGAGGCGGUGUCUGAGCUGGAGAAUAAUCCCUCCUUCAAUGCAGGGUGUGGGUCAGUGCUGAAUGUCAAAGGAGAGGUGGAGAUGGAUGCCAUUGUGAUGGAUGGGAAAACACUUGGAAGCGGUGCAGUGUCUGCUGUACGCAACAUAGCCAACCCUGUUCAGCUAGCAAGACUGGUUAUGGACAAGACCAGUCAUGCAUGUCUGACGGCAGAGGGUGCCAGUCUCUUCGCCCAGGCCAUGGGUGUCCCUCAGGUCUCCCAAGAGUCCCUCAUCACUGACUACUCCCGUAUGCGCUGGAAGAAGAACUUGGCACCCGAUGCCAACCCUGUGGCGUGCCAAAUGGGGAAGAUGGGCACAGUGGGAGCUGUGGCAGUUGAUAGUGAGGGCAAUAUAGCCUGUGCAACCUCCACUGGUGGAAUGCUGAACAAGAUGGAGGGACGGGUUGGCGACACACCUUGCAUAGGGUGUGGAGGUUAUGCUGACAACAAGCUGGGAGCAGUGUCAACCACAGGUCAUGGAGAAGCCAUCAUGAAAGUUACUCUGGCAAGACUCAUCCUUUUCCACAUGGAGCAAGGUCAGUCAGUAGAGGCAGCCAGUGAUUUGGGCUUGGCCUAUAUGAAGUCCAGAGUCGGUGGGCUGGGUGGAGUGGUGACGGUGGACCCUCAGGGCCACUGGGCAGCUCGCUUCUCCAGUCUGCAAAUGGCCUGGGCUGCAGUCCAGAAAGACACCCUGCACUAUGGCCUGUACGCUGGCGAACACUUCACGCAGGACAAUAAUCCACACUGAUAGAAAAUACAGCCUCAUGGUUUUUAGAUUUUUCUAAUGUUGUGCUAAUGGCUAAAAUAUAUCACAGAAAUUGAGCGUAUUAAUAUUACUAAAUACUAAUGCAGAUAAUAUCAGUAUUUGAUUACAUACCCCAGGGGAGGAUACAUGUAAGAAGAGUGGUGAGAACACACUGUUCAUAUUAGUAUUAUUUUUAAUGACUCUCUUUUGUUAGAAAACAAAUCAGACUUUUAGCCUAGUUAUCCUUUAUAUCAAAGGCAGUAUUGACCUGAUCUUAAUCAUUAAGAAUUAAGAUGACAGAGAGUUAUUCUUGUUUAUCAACGUAUCUUAAAAAUUUUACAUUUUUGGUUAAAGGUAGAAUUUUGUUCAAAUUUCAUAAUAUGAUUGAAUGGAAGCUUUGAUUUUGAUUAUACUAUAUGUGUGUGUGUGUGUGUGUGUAUAUAUAUAUAUAUAUAAUUACAUAGAAUGUAAUUAUAAAAUGUAAAUAAAAAUAUCAAUAAAUAUUUGGUGCGAGA